AUGCCGCAAACACAUUCAACAGCAAUCAAUUCAUUCAAUUCAAACCAUUCUCUGUAUGAUCAGCAUCGACCAUCGUUUUCGCCAAAAAUUGUCGAUCAAUUCUUAUUGGAUUUAGGGUUAGGAUCAAUUACAAAUGGCAAAAUUGAAUAUGAUAACCAGAAAACCAUAUUGGAACUUGCUGCUGGUACAGGCAAAUUCACAAGAAAUUUAGUCGAUCACGGAUGGAGUGACAAGUUAAUAGUCGUCGAACCUUCUAAAGGAAUGUUAGAGACAUUCGAUAAGAACUUCCCAAAUAUUAAAAAAUUCGAGGGAUCCUCAUAUAAUAUUCCGUUACCAGAUUCCUCAGUAGAUUCGGUCAUUAUAGCUCAAGGUUUCCAUUGGUUCAGUGACGAAAAUUCUUUAAUAGAGAUAAAUCGAGUUUUAAAACUGACUGGAACAUUUGGGUGUAUUUGGAAUUUUGAUGCUCCAUCUAUUAGUCAGAAUUUACAUCCUCCUUUACCAGAAACCGAAGUUCUUUACGAUAAUAUUUCAACUCAGAUAGAGUCCAAGCUUAGUUUAUCAAUAUCUGAUAAUACUACAAGCCAAAUUGCCGAAUUCUUCGGAUUGCAUCCUUGGUGCGUUAAAGUUAGUGAGUACAUUUAUUCUUUUGAUAAGAAAGUACCUCAGUACCGUCAUGGCAAGUGGAAAGAGCUAUUAUGCAAAGAAAAUAAAUACUUCUCUCCAAUUCUAAAAGAAGCUUUCUUACUAUAUAUUUCUCGAGUUAAGCCAGAAGAUGUAUAUAGGUAUUGGGAAACCAGAUCCUAUAUUACAGAUUUACCUGCUGAUGAACGAUCAGAGAUUCAAAAGAAGGUUGAAUCAUUGGUUAGAAAUGCAGUUACUGAUAACGACAAAAUAACUAUCAACGAUGAGAGUUAUCUUGAGAAGUCUAUGGGAACUCAUACAAUUAUCACUAAAGUGAAUAAAUAA